GCAACGCCUCUAUCUCCUCUCCCUCACGCUUUUUUUCUGAAAAAAACAAACACAGGAGAACGGAGCUUCUCCUCUCUUGCAGCGAACAACAACAACGAAUUUUCACUCGGUUUCUUCUUCUCGCGGCAAUUUCCGAAACAAAAUAUGAACAACGAUAGCAGCAACUUGGCCUCACUCUCGCUCUGGGUUCUCUCUUACGAAAUGCUACCUCUUUCUCCUUCGAGGAACAACAAACUAUGACGAGCAACCAUGGCUCGAUCUGGGUUACUCUCAUUCAAGCUCUCGCGAGUUCUCUUUGUGAACAACAACAACAGCAAGUUUCGGUUCGAUGCUUGAAGACAAACUCAAGGUUUUUCCUUUCAAUUUCGUUUUCACUCUUGUUUAACAGUAUAGCAAUAAUAACUUAUGCUACUUCAUAUGUUUCUGGAAAUUUUUCUAACAGGAACUAUGUUCAUAACAGCAACGAUAUUUUUGAGAGUAAGAGUUGGAUUGACUUACCUACGGCAAGGAGACUUUUGCCGGUUUUGAUGUUGAGGUACAAUCAACGGUUAAUGGAAAUAUGGAGAGUGAAAGAAAAGAGGCUUACCUGCGGCGAAGAUGUUGAAGAUUCAUCUAUGGAGGCUCGAAGAUGGGAGCCAUCGUUGAAGGCUGCUAGCAAGCAAGGUAUGAAGGCCUUCCCUCUUCCUCCUUCUUUUGUAUUUUGUAACUUAGAAGUUACAGAACAUUGGCUGCCUUCUCCCCUCCUUUGUAACUAUGGAACUUUUUGAAAAUUAUGAAAAGAGAGAAGUGAGAAAGCUAGUAGUAUAGUAGCUUUGGUGUGUCCAACUUCAAAGAAAUCACUUCUUAUUUAUAGGCAAAAUUUAGGGAUGUGUUAGGAAUUAAGAAACUUGAUUGGGAGGUUAUAGUCAUCUCAAGAAUGAGAAUAAGAAUAAGAAUAUUCUUCAUCAUUGUAAGAAUAAGAAUAAGAAUAAGAAUAUAUUCCUUAUGUCAUUAUCCUUGUGACAAAUAAGCCAUGUGGGUAAAUUUUUAUGUCAUUUUAUGAUAUCUCUAAGUUGUAGAAUUUUAUGACAUAAAAAUCUCUCUUUGACAUUCUUUGACUUUUGCUAAUU